CGUCCUCCCCAUCACGCAUCACCUAUCUUUUCAAGGACAAUAAUUUAAUUCGAACCACAAACAGUUCUCACCUCUGUCAAUCUUUUGUCUAAACCCAUUAAUUGAGUAUUUUGCAUCAUUUCUGACUAUAUCGAUCUCGAAUCAGUUUUUAGCUGAAAACCCCCAAUUUUGAUGUUGAAGGCUUGCGAAACGAAGGAGGAUGCGAAGUCUGUCUGACGCUAAAACGCCGCCACCUGCUGCCAACUGUCCGCCAUCGACGCUCAUCUCUCUCAUUUCGGGCAAAAUAAGCGAGUGAUUGUUUUGAAGCUUUCGACGUUUCCACCGUUUUCAUUUACUGUUCGGUUUUGCCACUUCUAUCGGAUGUUGUAAUGGAUGCAACAACUUCAUCAGGGGUCUCUAUACCGGAAAGCGUUCUUCAGCCUUUCAUCAUUGUUUCAAAUUCAUCAACUUUAGAUAAAUCUUUAGAGAAUCUAAUAGAAUCGGCUAGAACCAACGAUGGUCGUUCUGAUCUUGCUUCCAAGAAUAUGGUUACCACAACGCUUCAGCUCUGCCAAUCGCUAUCAUAUCCGUCUUGUGGUGGCAUUCUUUUAUUGGCUCUUAAGCUUGUUAGGAACUUAUGUGCUGGAGAACUGCGAAAUCAGGACUCGUUUAUUGAACAAAAUGGCGUUGAUAUUGUUUCGAAUAUAAUCUGUUCUGAAGAAAUCUUGAAUGAUUCGAAUUAUGGGAUUAUUCGAAUGGGGUUGCAAGUUCUUGCAAAUGUAUCAUUGGCUGGGAAGGAACAUCAAGUUGUCAUUUGGGAUCGUAUGUAUUCUUUGAAGUUCGUUGAGAUUGCAAAACUACGAAGAAAAGAUACUUGUGACCCUUUGUGCAUGAUCAUUUAUACUUGUGUCGAUGGGAACAAUGGACUAAUCGACAAGUUAUGUUCGGAUAAUGCUUUGCCUCUUCUUGUGGAAAUCGUACGUACUGCUUCAGUAGCUGGGUUUGGAGAAGAUUGGCUGAAACUGGUUCUUUCAAGAACUUGCGUCGAAGAAUCUUACUUUACGCCCCUCUUCUCAAAGUUGCAAUACGCUUUUGCCGAAAUUUCCGAUGGCGGUUUGCCCCAAUUGCAUAUGUUCACACAAGAUCAAUUGUUUUUAUUGAGCAUCUUAUCCGAGAUCAUAAACGAGCAAAUAGAGCAUAUUACGGUCUCCAAGGCCUUUGCUUUUGAUGUUUUUCAGAUACUAAAAACCGCAUUGAGGAUCCUUGAUCGCGUUUCACGGCCAAAGUCGACUCUUCCAACCGGCUCUAUCGACAUUGAUGCUCUCGGAUAUUCUCUCUGUAUUUUGCGAGAUAUUUGUGCGUUUGAUGGUCAUGAUAACUUCAAAGAAGGUUAUGUGGAUAUUGUUGAGUUGCUAUUGUCUCUUGGGCUUAUUGAAACGCUUUUAGAUUUGCUUCGUGAUCUUGAGCCACCCGCAAUAAUUAGGAGAACGGUCCAACAUGGUGAGAACCAAGAUUCGACGUCGUCAUCAGGUAAGGUAUGCCCUUAUAAAGGAUUCCGUAGUGAUAUUGUUGCGGUUAUUGGGAAUUGUGCGUAUCGGAGGAAGCAUGUUCAAGAUGAGAUACGAGCGAAAAACGGGAUUCUUUUGAUGUUGCAGCAAUGUGUGACGGAUGAUGAAAAUCCGUUCUUACGUGAGUGGGGUAUAUGGGGUGUGCGGAAUUUAUUGGAAGGGAACGGGGAAAAUCAACGGCUAGUUGGUGAAUUGGAAAUCCAAGGAUCGGUGGACUUGCCGGAGUUAUCGGGACUUGGUCUACGAAUGGAAGUGGAUCAAAAGACUCGACGGGCAAAACUUGUAAACACCGGUUGAAGGUCUCGGGAUACGAUGUAGAUGCUUACCAGGUCACGUCAUGGUGUGUCGCUAUCAUGUUCUGCAAAAGGGUAUGAUGUCAUCAUCUGGAGUGUUUCCACUGUACCGGUCUCACAACUAUCAUGGGAAGACCAGACUAGAUGGUGUCGCUUUCAUGGUGCUCCAAAGUUGAGAGAACUUCUACAUGGAAAAUAUUAUUUUAGUUUCAGCAAUUUUACGUUUAACGUAUUCAUUUUGUUUUUGAUGAUACAACGUGAAAUGAAGAUCCAAGUCUCCGUCAUAUUACUCGAGAUGAGGUUAAUUUAGACGCGACCCAUAAAAUGGAAGACGAGAAUGAAUGUAAAAAACACAUACGAAUGGAGUCUUUGUAUCUUAUAUUUCUCGUCUAUUUUUCAAAA